UAUUUUAAUCUUCUUGAAGUUAGGGUUUCGGGUUUGAAUCCGUUGCACCCUCUCUGCUGUUAGCUUGGAACCGUUUUCGAACUCAGUUCACAGGUUGAUUGAAGAGUUGGCAAUGGAUGCACAGAGAGCUUUGUUGGAUGAACUCAUGGGAGCAGCCCGUAAUCUUACCGAAGAGGAGAGAAAGAAUUACAGGGAGAUAUGCUGGGAUGAUAAAGAGGUUUGUGGUUUCUAUAUGGUUCGAUUUUGCCCUCAUGAUUUGUUCGUCAACACUCGGAGUGAUCUUGGACCUUGCCCUCGAAUCCACGAUCCGAAGCUGAAAGAGAGUUUUGAAAAGUCCCCCAGACAUGACUCUUAUGUGCCCAAGUUUGAGGCUGAACUUGCUCAGUUUUGCGAGAAACUGGUCUUAGACUUGGAUAGAAAGGUUAGGCGUGGUCGGGAACGCCUAGCUCAGGAGGUCGAAGUUACUCCCUCUGCUCCAAUCCCAAGUGAGAAGUCGGAGCAGUUAUCUGUGCUGGAAGAGAAGAUAAAGAAUCUGUUGGAGCAAGUGGAGACCCUUGGUGAAACAGGCAAGGUGGAUGAAGCUGAGGCACUCAUGAGGAAGGUGGAAAUCCUGAAUGUUGAGAAGACAAUCUUGACUCAACAACCACAGAAUGAAAAAGCCUUGAUGCUUACACAAGAGAAAAAGAUGGCGCUGUGUGAGAUAUGUGGUUCUUUCCUUGUAGCAAAUGAUGCUGCAGAGAGGACACAAUCUCAUGUGACAGGCAAGCAGCAUAUUGGUUAUGGCAUGGUUCGGGACUUCAUUGACGAGUACAAGGAAGCUAUGGAGAAAGCAAGGGAAGAGGAAAGACUAGCAAAGGAAAAAGAAGCGGAAGAACGGAGAAAGCAGAGGCAAAAGGAAAAUGACAGUAGAGGUAGAAGAAGUGUUUCAGGGGAGAGAGAGAGGUACCAUGAUCGAGACCGAGAAAGGGAGCAAGAUCGAUACCGAGAACGGGAAAGAUCUCGGGAGUGGAAUGGUAGGGGAAGCCGAGAAGGGGGGAGGGGGGAUUGGAAGCACAACAAUUACCGGAAUGGAAGAGAUGGAGCAAGAGACAGGUACCGUGACAGAAGUGGGAGUAUUGAUAUGAAAAGAGAAAGGGGUCGAGGUAGGAGCAGAUCACGUUCCCCUAUUAGACAUGCUCACAGGAGAUCUUCAAGAAGUCCAAUCCGCCCAUAGUGGUGGCUAAUGUAGAUAGACAUCUUUUCAAACCAAAAGAGGUAGACGUUUUCUAUCACCUUUUAGUGUGCACUUCUGUAGUGUUAACUGAAAGCCUCAUCAUGGGUGAAACUCUUUUUUGCUAUCUGACAGCUGUAUUGAAUCUUUACCAACUCCCUGUCAAUCGAUAUUUUAAGAGAGCAGAGAGGUUGAGGUAGGUAUAUUUUCUGUUGUUAAUAUUCUUCUUUAGGUUUCUGUCAUACUAAAUCUAUUUUUGCGCAUCAUCUCUGAACAUUGUUUUCA